AUUUCAAAUAAUACAAACAACUACUAUCUCCAAUUGUCCGUCUUGACUCUUGAAUAGUUGAGACUUGAGUCUAGCUAUUGUUAACUGUUAAAUAUUAUUGGGUUUAUUGGUAUUUGCGAAUUAUUUUUCUAAUCACAUCUAUGGUCACUAAUAAGAUGCCAGAAGGCGAAUCCGAGCCAGCCAAUAACACGUUAAUAACCAUAAAAGAACCGGUUGAUUUGAUUCGACUAAGCGUUGAUGAACGUAUUUAUGUGAAAAUGCGUCAUGAUCGUGAACUACGUGGUCGUCUUCAUGCUUUUGAUCAACAUUUAAAUAUGGUGCUUGGAGAAGCCGAAGAGACUAUCACUACUGUUGAAGUAGAUGAAGAAACUUUUGAAGAAGUAUACAAAACUACCAAACGAACAAUACCAAUGUUGUUUGUUAGAGGAGACGGCGUUAUACUUGUUUCUCCACCAUCGACUGCAUCUUAAUAAUAAUUUUCCUGUUCAUUUCUAAUGUUAUUACUUUAAUAUUAAGAUUAUUUUAAUACCAUUGUAGGUAUUCAUUACUGAAAUAAAACUUUUGUUAAAUUAUGAAGUAUUAAAAGUCACUUAAAAACGUAAUAAAAUGUUUUCAAGUCGACAUUUUUUUAAUGCA